CUCUGCCCGCUCCACCCAGAGUUUGUUCAGGGCGGAGAUGCGCACCUGGCAGUGGAGACGGGGCCAAGUCCACGUCCACACUGGCCCACCCGCUGCCGCCUGAAGUUGGGCGGGAUCCCCAUCACCUAGCCCAAAGUAACCUGGCAUGGGGACCUAGCCAGAGCCAGCCUGCUUCCCUGCGGUGGGGUGGGGUGCCCUCCAGGAAGUGGGGCUGCAGCCCUGGAGCUGGGCGCAGCAGGCCAGGCCAGCGGGGACCCACCCUUUCUUCCUGGUUCCUCCCAGCUGACCCUUGAGGGAAGGGGCUGCCUGGUCCCGGUGCCCAGGAGCCUGUUGACAGCUCUGGAACUGCAGCCUGGAGAGCAGGUGAUCCUGGAAGCCUAACGCCAGAGAGUGCCAGUACCCAGGCUUGAACCAGAGCGGACUGCAGCUGCUCUUCACCGACUCACUGCUCCCCACCUCCAAGGUGAGCUGGAGGAGGGGCAGGCUCGGGAUGGGGAGAGGCCUGGGCGGCCCCACAGCCACCUCUGCACUCUGUGCCAGGCCAGGUGCGAUGGCAGAGAAGGUGCUGGUCACCGGCGGGGCUGGCUACAUCGGCAGCCACACCGUGCUGGAGCUGCUGGAGGCGGGCUACUCACCUGUGGUCAUCGACAACUUCCACAACGCCAUCCGCGGCAGGGGCUCUAUGCCCGAGAGCCUGCGGCGGGUGCAGGAGCUCACAGGCCGCUCCGUGGAGUUUGAGGAGAUGGACAUUUUGGACCAGGUGGCCCUACAGCAUCUCUUUAAGCAGCACAACUUUAAGGCUGUCAUCCACUUCGCGGGGCUCAAGGCCGUGGGCGAGUCGGUGCAGAAGCCUCUGGAUUAUUACAGAGUUAACCUGACAGGGACCAUCCAGCUUCUGGAGAUCAUGCGGGCCCACGGGGUGAAGAACCUGGUGUUCAGCAGCUCAGCCACCGUGUACGGGGACCCCCAAUACCUGCCUCUGGACGAGGCGCACCCCACAGGGGGCUGUACCAACCCCUACGGCAAGUCCAAGUUCUUCAUCGAGGAGAUGAUCCAGGACCUGUGCCGCGCAGACAAGGCCUGGAACGCGGUGCUGCUGCGGUACUUCAACCCCACGGGCGCCCACGGCUCGGGCUGCAUCGGCGAGGACCCUCAGGGCGUCCCCAACAACCUCAUGCCCUACGUCUCCCAGGUGGCAAUCGGGCGACGGGAGGCCCUGAACGUCUUUGGCAAUGACUAUAACACAGAGGAUGGCACAGGCGUCAGGGAUUACAUCCACGUUGUGGAUCUGGCCAAGGGCCACAUCGCGGCCUUGAGGAAGCUGGAGGAGCAGUGUGGCUGCCGGAUCUACAACCUGGGCACUGGCACAGGCUACUCGGUGCUGCAGAUGGUCCAAGCCAUGGAGAAGGCCUCAGGGAGGAAGAUCCCAUACAAGGUGGUGGCACGCCGGGAAGGUGACGUGGCUGCCUGUUAUGCCAACCCCAGCCUGGCCCACAAGGAGCUGGGCUGGACUGCAGCCCUGGGGCUGGACAAGAUGUGUGAAGACCUGUGGCGCUGGCAGGAGCAGAACCCUUCAGGCUUCAGCGCGCAGGCCUGAGGCCCCGCCCCUGCCACAGACCGGAAAGGAAAAGAGAAGCAACUGUCCGCUCUCCAGCCCCUGGCAGGACCCCAGGCUCUGGAGCUCUGGGACCAAGCCAAGGCCACCCUACCUCAAAGCCCAGCUGGGCCCGCUCAGCCCACCAGGCAGGAGGCCGAGGGCUCCACUGACCAGGAGCCAAGGUGUCUCCCGCGUGUCUCCUGCCGGGCCCAGGAAGACAGCAGGGCCACCAAGCGUGGGCGAGCAGCAGGGCCCCGGGACCACACCUUCCUCCCAGGCACCAAAUGACACUGCUACCAGGAAACUUUCCAAAGUAUUUAAAAUAAAGUUUUCUUUUACCGGG